GCCAGUGGGAGCUUAGAACUUGUGCGUUCCUUCCCUACGGUUAUAUUACAAAGUAAAGCACCCCUAUAUUUGUAAGCUCAUUUAAGGGGAGCAGCUGAAACUCUUGUGAACAUAUCACUGACAACUGACAUGAAAGUUUCCUGUCUGUACGUGAAAGUUUUACAUGAAAACUUGUACAUCCCAAGGUGCCAGGGAAAAAAAUGCCUUUGAAAUGCAUUCAAGAAAAGAAAUUGAAAUUCUCUGAUUCUCUGAACAGCCGGCGCUGGACAUUCUUGAAAAAUGGAUUGGAUGAUUUUAGAGAUGGCUUCCCUCCUCCAUCUGACAACAACAUCAUUCAUGGCACAAAGGGGCCUGUACCAAUUCUGCAACACAAUAGUGCAUCUAAUGCUUCUUGCAUGGCUCAGCCAAAAGGAAGAAAAAGAUGCACCAAAACCCAGAUCAGCCCUUGCAAGCUCAGUCCCUUGCAAAAAGCCAAAAGGGAUUACAUCUCACAGAUAGAGUACUGUGUGAGCCAGCACCCUCUGGUGCUCUACCCUCAUCUGGAAGAAAGUGUCCCUCCAGAGCUUUUUAAAGAAGUGAUGGAUGUCCUGGACCCUGAAAUGUGUUUGAGUUGUGAAGCUGGAUGCAAGGAUCAUGAACAGGAGAACCAUGGUCCUCAGAAAGAACAGUACCUGCUGGAGGAUGGGCAAAGAAAAGAAACCACCCCAGUGCCCAGGUCAUCCGUACUUAUCUUCAAAAGAAAAGAGUUCAGAGGCAAGAAUUCAUACACAUGGCUUUCAAAGAAAGAGGUGGCAGCAAGAGAGAGGGUGGCCAGACUGAACUAUAUUCCUCCCCUGGAUGAGAACAUAAAGCGAAUAACUAAGGAGUUUUGUGACUGGGUAACUUCUUUGGGAGGAGAGAAAUACAACAUGGAUGAAGCCACCAUCCUAAGCAUGUUUGAUACUGGCUAUGAAACCAAGCCUACCAUCUCUGUGCCUAUCCACGUUGUUGAACUAAACAAUGUGCCUGCCGAGCUGAGAAAGUGUCUGGGGGUUUCACCUCCUCAGACUUCUGCCAAGAGUCCUCUUAAUGCAGGGUGCCAUCCCUGCUAUGCUAAGGAUCCUUCCCAAACAAAAUGGAAGAAGAUUAGGUAUGGAGCCUGGUACCUUGACCCAAAAACAUGGAGAAAACAAAAAGCAAAUGAACCUUUGGAGGCUCCAAAAGCACCUGUUGAUAGUUUUCAGAACAUGAAAAUGCGACUUAAUGGAAAGGAGGCAGAGGUCAUACAGCUCCAUGGGACACAUGCUUUUAAGGAAUUCCUUGAAAGGAAAGGCUACAGGAAGCCUGAGUUCCUUCUGAAGAUGCUUGCUGCAACCAGUGCUACUGGAACACAGGAGGGGUCUUCAAAAAGCCAUAGGAAGGAGCAUCUGAAGAGACAUGAGGGGCUGAGAGAAGGCUCCUCCUCCACAAUUGUCAAUUAAUGCAAAACUCUGGCUUAGUUACAAGCAACAGGAGUUAAAAAAAAAACUCCUGGAGAGCUCUUGAUGGUCAGAAUAACUGCAGCUGGAGCUUGGAGAACUCCCCUAACUGUAAGCUUGAAGAUGGGUGGAUUGUUUCCCUUUACAGAAAUCGUUAGUCUGAGAGCACUUAGAGAUAGACUUGCAUUAGUGGAUAUGCACCUGGAAUUUACUGUCCUAGCUGCUCAGUCACCCUAAAGUCUGCCUGGAAAAUGCUACUGCAUUCUAGAGAUAGCAGGUGCACAUGCUGCACUACUUUGUUUAAGGGCCAUGGCUAAGAGCCACAGCAUUAUGUGCUCAAGGGUCUGUUGUGCUUCCAGAAGGAGCUUUCCAUCCAGGGACCAGACUCUUUCUUUAGCUGCACAAUUUACACCAGUCUGGACAUGCCCUGUGAGAUACUGUGCUCAGGUCAAAUGUAAGGAAAGUAUAUUGGUUCAUCUGUCCCAACAAACCAGCUUAUGCUGUCAUAAACAAGCUUCUGCUGGUAUAGAAAAGCUAUAAAAACCCAUACUACUAACAGACAUUGCUAUAUCCUAGAAGCCCUAAUGUAGAACAGGACCCAGAAGCCACCCCUUUAUGAAACAGAAUUCCUUCCAGGCUUACCCCAGGGUCCAGGCUAGAGGGGGAUACAGUAACCUGUUGCUGGCCUCAGUUUACAAGUCCUGAGAUGGUGCAGCCCUGCACUACCUUUAAGGGGGCCUGUAGUGUACCCCUGUGGUAAAGCAACAGGGAAGCAGACACAGAAGAAACUAUUUGCUGUGGGGAAGAAGAUGAGAAGAGCAGUGUAGCUAGGCAGAAGGGGUUCUGAUUCUAGCUGAUAAAUAAACUCAGUCUCCCUUUAGAAGGGCCUCUAAAAGCCAGGAAAAAAUUUUGCUCAGGUCCAGCCUAGCAUGAGCAGCUGAGUGAGAUUAAAAUGUGGAUAGCAGAUGGUGUCUGAUGCAGAUAAAUCCUGGGUUUGUUAUAGAGAUAGGCUCAGAGUACUUUCUGCUAUGCAUAGGAACCAAGAGUGGGUCUGUGCCAAUCCAUUCCUUGAGGUCUUUGGAUAGUAGUAUUAUUGCCAAUAUAUUAUGUUUUGCAAAACAACUAGGACUGUGACUCUGAUGAUAGGAAACAGGGCAAGAAGGGGAUCCCAGCCAACAAUAGUAAGUCAAAAACCCUGUUUCUCAGAAGUCAUCCGAUAAAGAGAAGAGAUGGAAAAACAAUUCUUGAAAAUAGAGUGCAUUUUUUACAAUCAAAAGCAGUAACUCACAUAUGAGCUGAUCCUUCAUUAGUGAUCUAAAAUCUUUGCCAAAAGUCCUUUGAAGCAGAGCAGUAUCUUGCCAGACAUCCAUAAACAUAUUCUCCCUCAUUGGUCUCUCCACUGUGUCCUUAGGCACAGCCUCCACUCCUCCCCAGUGCUAAGCAGAACUAUCUUGCAUGGUAAAGAGCCCCAGCCAUGUCUUCCUAGCAGGCUCUGUUAAAGAUUGAAACAGGCUUUGUCUUCUCCUCAUUGUUUCAGUAAAGCAAAUUUGUUCUUCAGGUAAGGAUAAAUCUCUCAGGGUCUGUUUUCUGGUUGGUUCAUUUUUUUCCUCAGGUGGGUUUGAAAACUAGGUUAGCCCCAGCUCAUAACUGUGGGGAAGGAGAAUUUGAAUCUUGGAUAUUAAAAGAGGGUUCCCUAUGCCCCAUUACUAAAGAUGAGAGUAGCACCAGGGGUGCUGUUCCUCUGAGUUUGGAGAUCUGCCCUCCAGCAAAUCUAUAGAAGGCAACUUAAACACAGCAAGCAGCGGGUCCCAGGACAGCAGGCAGUCAGGAGGGCCGGGGCUGGGGCAUAGAGUCCAGGCCCAUGUGGAGAAAGGGGCUCCAGAGCCGGUACUGAACAGCUCGCAGUAGGCAGCCAGAGGCCAGGGAAGGUGCAAGGCAAUAGAUCAUUGUGGGUGACAACCAAAGGGCCAGAAAGAAGAAUUGACCUGGGAAUUAGAGGCACAAGCCUAGGCAGUCUAAGGGAGUGACCAGACCAUAGGCAGUCAGUCCAAGUGGAGUGUGCUUGGUCAGGGGGUUACCAGAGUGUAAGCCAAGGUCUGCCUGGUAUAAAUCCAAGCCCAGGUUAUCAAGCCAAAGGUCAAGAUGAAGCUGUGGUUAAGGCAACCAGUUGAUCCAGGCUAAGCGGUCCAAGACAGGAACUGAAGUGAGCAAGAGCAAGAACAAUCAGAGUCUGGUAGGAAGGUCCUAACUAGAGGUUUGAAGCAUGGAGUCACAAGUCUCCACUGUCUGGUCUGAGUAUAGAUAACGAGUGUAGGCAGGGCCUCUUCCUGAGCCGUGAUUCAGCCUGAUUGUCAGAAUACCUCCAGCGGGAGCUUGGGGUCAGAUAAGCCCCACCUGGGCCUUGGCUCAUUACAGACGGCUUCUGAGUCUGGAAACCCUAACCCAGGGAUGCAACAGGUAUAGACAGGCCCAGGGAAUUUAUACUGACCUCUGGCAAUGCCAUAGCCCAUGAACUUGGCCAUACUGCCAUUUGGGGUCUGAAAGAUGUGACAGGGUCUGCCUCCAGAGGACAGUCAUGGCACCCUCUAGCAGCCACUGCAACCCAGCCUGGCCCCCUAGAG